CGGUAGGACGCCGGACCUAAUUUAGCGCGACGCGUAAAACUCUUCCGGUCUCUACCGUUUCCGCUUUAGUUCGACCAUGACGAAGGGGACAUCGUCAUUUGGGAAACGCCAUAACAAGACGCACACGUUGUGCCGUCGGUGUGGGUCCAAAGCCUACCAUCUGCAGAAGUCAACAUGCGGGAAGUGCGGGUACCCAGCCAAGCGCAAGAGAAAGUACAACUGGAGUGCCAAGGCAAAACGGCGGUCUACCACUGGAACUGGUCGCAUGAGACACCUGAAGGUGGUGUUCCGCAGGUUCAGAAAUGGGUUCCGUGAAGGAACAACUCCCAAACCGAAGAGAGCAGCAGUGGCCGCUUCCAGUUCUUCCUAGGUCUCUGCUGUCAGUCUGUGAUAUAGAAGACGUGUACUCUGAACGAAUCUGAUAUGGAACCUAAUGGAAGAAUCCAACACAUACUUCCACCAAAUGUAGAAAAACAUUUUGGAAAUAAAUUUGGAGCUCAAGACCU